AAUAUUCAUGAGCGGAGUCUUUGCCACUGGAAACUAUUGACGCCGCGUAAUUAUUAUUCAGGAGCAAACCAUCACCAUUGGUAGGUUAUGCAGCACAGACCUAUUUAGUAUUCAUGAGCGAUUCCCUUCGACGUAGAAGGAUUCCUGAUUUCGAGCGUCGGCGAGUCAAAGUUUCAGAGGCAAGCGUUUGCAGACCCAGACACGAUGAGCGUUGGAUAUGAAACAUAGCGUUAUUUUGCGCUUCUGUAAGCCUACGGUAGAGAAUGGAUAAGCGACCGACCUCAGCACAGUCAAACGCUGAAACUCCAGACAGUCCCACAGGGGCUCAUGUUGAAUGGUGCAAACAACUGAUUGCAGCCACAAUGUCAAGUCAGAUCUCUGGACCAAUCAGCUCAGAGAUGAUUUCCAGAGAGUACAAGGACUGUGAUGUGGAGGUUAAAGGAUUUCUCUUGGACAGUGACCCUCAGCAGACUGCCCCCUCUUCGGCACUCAGAGAAGGAAAUAAGCACGCUCAGAUGGAAGAGGCUCCACGUGUUCCUGGAGAAACCAUUAAAGCUAUUGUCAAAGAUGUCAUGUAUAUUUGUCCGUUCUCUGGGGUCUUGAGGGGGACUCUAACCAUCACUGACUACAAGCUCUUCUUUAAAAGCCUGACACGGGAUCCUCCGUUUGUGCUGGAUGUGAAUCUUGGAGCCAUUAGCAGACUGGAGUCUAUCGCCGUUCAGAGUCACGGAGACAACACUCAAGGACUUGAGAUAGUUUGCAAGGACUUGAGAAACCCCCGGUUUGCGUACAAGAAGGAGGGACAGAGCAAUUUGGAGGUGUUUGAAACACUGUCAAAGUACGCAUUCCCUCUCUCCCACAACCUGCCUCUCUUUGCCUUUAAGUACCAGGAGACGUUUCCAGAAGAUGGCUGGAAGAUCUACGACCCAGUCGCUGAGUAUAAGAGGCAGGGUCUUCCGAACGAGAGCUGGAUCAUCAGUAAAGUCAACAGCAGUUAUGAGCUGUGCGAGACGUAUCCCACUCUGCUGGUCCUGCCUUCAAACGUCACAGAGGACGAACUGAAGAGAGUGGCGGCCUUUAGGGCCAAACGCCGUUUCCCAGUGCUGUCCUGGAUUCACCCUGAGAGUCAGGCCGCUAUAGUGCGCUGCGGUCAGCCGCAGGUGGGUCCAUCAGACCGCCGCUGCAGGGAGGAUGAGCGGUACCUGCAGACCAUUCUCGACGCCAACGCACAGUCUCACAAACUCUGCAUCUUUGAUGCUCGCCAAAGCACUGUGGCUGACACUAACAAAGCCAAAGAUGGAGGAUAUGAGAAUGAAAGUUUCUAUAUCAAUGUGGAGCUGAACUUUCUGGAGAUCCCCAACAUGCACGUGAUGAGAGAAUCCCUGAGGAAACUCAAGGAGGUGGUGUAUCCUGCCAUCGACCAACAGCGCUGGUUCUCAUCUGUGGAUUCUACACACUGGCUGGAGUACAUCAGGCUCUUGCUAGCAGGUGCGGUGCGCAUCGCAGACCGAAUCGAGUCGGGAAAGACGUCAGUGGUGGUGCACUGCAGCGAUGGCUGGGACCGCACGGCUCAGCUCACCUCUCUGGCCAUGCUCAUGCUGGACGCACACUACCGCUCGCUCAGGGGCUUCCAGGUGCUUCUGGAGAAGGAAUGGCUGAGCUUCGGACACCGCUUUGCCUCGCGAGUGGGACAUGGAGAUGGGAAUCAUGCAAACUCUGAGCGCUCCCCUCUCUUUGUGCAGUUCAUCGACUGUGUCUGGCAAAUGGCCCGGCAGUUUCCCUCUGCAUUUGAAUUCAAUGAGCUGUUUCUCAUCACGGUGCUUGAUCACCUGUACAGCUGCCUGUUUGGGACGUUUCUUUACAACAGCGAGCAAGAACGGGUCUCGAAGGAGGUGUACAGCAAGACCGUAUCUCUGUGGUCAUAUGUGAACAGCCAGCUUGAGGAGUUUACCAACCCGCUGUAUGUGAACUACGAGCACCAUGUUUUAUAUCCAGUAGCCAGUUUGAGACACCUAGAGCUUUGGGUCAGUUAUUAUGUGCGCUGGAACCCUCGCAUGAGGCCACAGGUGAGCAGGGGAUGCAGAGGAUGA